AUGCCGUUCUCAGGUUCGGCCUCCCUCCAAACCUUCGCGCCACAGAAUGACGGGUUCGGAACGAACACGGAGCAAAUUCCGAUCGAAGAUGCGGCGGCAGCGGCCUCGCCGCCGAUGACGGACGCCGCUGCGGUCGGCGUCGACACGGCGGACGACAUGGACGACCGGAGGCUCAGGCGGAAGAUCUCCAACCGGGAGUCGGCGCGCCGGUCGCGCGCACGCAAGCAGCGCCACCUCGACGACCUCCGUGCCCUCGCCGCAAGCCUGCGGGGCGGCCGCCGCGAGCUCGCGGCGCGCGUGCACGCCGCGCGUAGCCGCGUCGCCAUCGUCCUCCACGCCAACGACGAGCUCCGCGCCGAGGCGGCCGCCCUGAGCCGACGUCUUGAGGUGGCGGCUCAUCGCGCGCUCGCCCUCAACCAGCUGUACGCCGCGGCCGCCGGUCUCGGCGUCGGGACGUUCGAGCAGGCCGCUGCCUCGCUCAUCGCGUGGAGCUGA